ACUCACUCGCGAGUCGCAGCUUUGGCAAACGUUAAUCCAAAUCAGUGGGGGACAGAGAGCGAAUCGAUCCCUUCCAUUUCGGAGGUUGUAUUGUCUUGAUCAAACGAAUUCGAAGAUUGUUCAGUUAGAGGGUAAGCGAUGUACAAUGGAAUAGGGUUACAGACACCGAGGGGUUCAGGGACCAAUGGUUACAUUCAGAGCAACAAGUUUUUUGUGAAGCCUAAGUCUACCGGUAAGCCCGUUAAUGGUGGAAUAGGGUUUGAGGAUGGUCAGGGCACAGCUGGUCUCUCCAAGAAGCCCAACGAAGACAUCCUUGAGCACGACCGCAAGCGUCAGAUUCACCUUAAGCUUGUCAUGCUCGAGGAUAAGCUCAUAGAUCACGGUUACUCUGAUGCUGAGAUUGCUCAGAAGCUUGAGGAGGCCAGGUUGAAUCUUGAGGCUUCCACCUCUUGUUCCGAUGAGUCUGCUGAUGCAAAAAUCUCUGAUACCCAGCCCCAUCAGAUUGCUGCUGGAAAAGGAGAAACAGAUGGAGAUGUUUCGGGCUGCGCUUGAGCAAACUGAUGAAGGUGAUGUUGACAGUGAACCAAAGAGCAAAGCGUACGAGGAUGCUGAAUGUAGACGAACAGAGAGGCGAGAGCGUUCCUUUCUUGACCGAACCUGAAAAUAGGAGUGACGAAAA